UAUCGUGGGACGAGACUCAUUUUGGAAAGUUCGGCGCCAACUACAUCAACCACACGUUCUACCACGACGUACACCCGCCGCUGGCCAAGAUGCUGGUCGGUUUGGGCGAAUACCUCGGCGGUCACAAUGGGUCUUUUGCAUACACUUCGGGCGCGACUUUUCCGGACCACAUCAACUACACGUUUCAGCGAGCUUUCCUUGCAGUGAUUGGCGCGCUGGUUGUGCCGUUUGCCUACCGCACAUGCCGCUUUUUGGGCUUUGGUCGCCCGGCAGCGCUGAUGGCAGCGUCAUUUGUGCUGUUUGACAAUGCGAUGUGCGUUAUCAGCCGCUUCAUCCUUUUGGAUCCGCCGCUGCUUUGUUUUACGGCAUUGUCCUUACUCGGGUAUGCGGGAUUUGCGGCGCAGCGCCCCCGGCCAUUUACAUUUGUAUGGUGGAGGUGGCUGGCUUUUACUGGUAUCGCUUUGGGCCUGGUGAUCAGCUCCAAAUGGGUGGGCCUUUUUGCCAUUGUCCUGGUGGGGCUGUGUACCAUUGAGGAGCUUCUGGCUAUGUACAGCGAUCGCAAGACCACGGCCACGACGCAAUUGCAGCAUUGGGCAGCUCGCGCAUUGUGCCUGAUUGUCAUUCCGGCACUGAUAUACGUGGCAUCUUUUAAAAUGCACUUUGCGCUUUUAAACACGCGCGGCAGCGGCGAUUACAAAAUGCCGUCUGCAUUCCAAGCGCUGCAGAACAACAGUGUAGUUUCCAUACAACCCCACGAUGUGGCAUUCGGAUCGCAGAUCACAAUGCGUUCGCACUUGCCGGGAUUUGGUCUGAUCCAUGCCAACUCGACACACCAAUUUCCUGACCGCGACCGCAAAAUCAUUGCCGGUGGAGUUGCGGGUAAACAGAAGAACAACUGGUGGACUGUUGUAUCGGGCAACUUCACGCAGGAGACCACCUCAUCGCCAGUUACACAUAUUGGCGACGGCCAGCUCAUUCGCCUGGCGCAUGUGGGCACAGGUCAUUAUCUGCGCACGGGCCGCAGCCCGCCAUACCAUUUGGGCUGGGACAGGCGUGUAUUUGUCGACGGAAACCAGACGACUCCAUCGCUGUGGGAUAUUUGGCGCGUGCAUAUUGUUGAAGAGGAGAGCCCGAAGCCUAGGGCUCAGCUGUACACAGUAACUACCACCUUCCGCCUGUUCAACGUCGUGUCAGGCUGCCUCCUCCAGGCCUCAGGAUCGCGCUUUCCAAAAGAGGUUGCUCGGCAGAUGAGUGAGUUGAUUUGCACGGAUGCCAACACUACAAAAUCCGAAGACACCUUGUGGAACAUCGAACAGGUGCGUGACAAGCGAUUUGCACGUGCCGAUUUCAGUCAGUUGGUCAAGCGCCGGCUGCUGCGCGACACCCUGUGGAUCAACCGCGAGAUGGCCAUGUCAAACAAUGGGCUUAUACCGGACCCUGACCACUACAAGACCAUAGAAAGCAGCCCAUGGACCUGGCCAUUUUUGCUAUACCCGAUGCGCAUGGUCUCAUGGGCUGACAACUCGGUGAAGUACUAUGAAAUUGGAAAUCCGAUCCUGUGGUGGGCAUCGACGCUCUGCUGUCUUCUGUAUCCGCUGCAGAUGGUCUACUGGCUGGUUCAGUGGCAACGCCAGCAGGCCCAGGGGCGCUGGCAGGCCGGCGAGUUCCGCCAGUUCUGGGAUACUACCAAGCUGUUGUGGGGUGGGUGGGCACUUCAUUAUCUGCCUUUCUUUUUGAUGGGUCGGGUAACAUAUCUGCACCACUACCUGCCGGCAUUGUACUUUGCGCUGCUGCUGCUGGCGUAUGAAAUACAAUGCCUCGUGCGCUGGUAUUUGCCCCAAAGGGCGACCUGGUUUGUGGCGAGUACUGUUAUUUUUGUCACGGUCACUGUGUUUUGGCUGUUUUCACCGCUGACUUUUGGAUGGGAACGCCCUGCAAAAGAACUUGCGUAUCUGCAGUGGAUUCCAUCAUGGAAUAUCUACAGCGACAAAAAUGUGUUUUAAGCAAUUUGUUGAAAUAGUUACGCAUUUUGUGAAUUGGGCUGAUACACGGAAUAUAAAAUAUACCAUUUUAACUAUAU